CUUUAACUUUUUCUGUCAGUACAUUUUCACUUUUGUUUUUGGUUGUGUUGAUCAUAUGUUUCUCUGUAUGUAGAGAUUUUACACUGAUAUCUUUAACCUAAAAAAAUAAUUUUUUGGUGUCUAGGAAACCUGUCCUCUGUCACAAUACCAUCUCAAUCUGGUCCAUGUAGUGGAUGUUCAUGUACCCCAACCACUGAAGCACCCACAACGUCCAUAGCAUCUACAACGUCCUCAGCAUCUAUAACAUCUUCAACAGCAAAAUCAUCUACAACAUAUUGUACAUCCACAGCUUCUGAAACGUCAACUUCAUCAGAAGAAUCUACAAUGUCCUCAUCAUCUACAACAUUAACAUCAUCCGCAGUAUCUACAACAUCUAUAGCUUCCACAACUACAUCUUCCAUCGCAUCUACAGAUUCUUCAACAUUCACAACAUCCUUAGAACCAACAUCUACAACAGCACCCUCAGCAUCAUUAGAAUCAACAACAUUCCCAACAACAAUUACAGCAUCCACAGUGUCCAUGUCAAAAUCAUCCACAACUGCCAUAGCAUCUACAGCAUCUAAAACUACCAAAUCAUUCUCAACAUCUGAAGAAUCUACAUCAUCCUCAACAACAAAUUCUUCAUCCACAACUCCAACAACAUCCGUAACAUCCACAUCAUCAACAACAAAGACAGCACCCACAAUUGCCAUAGUAUCUACAACUACCACAUCAUCCUCAGAAUCUGUCACAUAUGCAUCAUUCCCUACAACUUCAGCAUAUUUAGCAUCCAUAUCAUCUACUUCAUCCCGUGCAUCUUCAACUCCAACAGCAUCCACUUCAGCUCCAACAUUCUCAUCAACAGCAUCAACAACUCUUAAAGUAUCCACAACAUCAAUGGUAUCAACAUCAUCCGCAGCAUCUAAAACAACAACAUUGUCUACAGUAGCUACAAUUUCUAUAUCAUCUUUAACAACUACAUCAUCAGCAUCCACAGUUUCAACAUCAUCCCCAACAACAACUUCAGCAUCUUUAACGGCUUUAUCAUCCAUAACAUCCAUAUCAUCUUUAGCAUCAGCAUCAUCCACACCAUCUCAAACACUAACAUUGUCUUCCCUUUUGUCAAAGUCAGUUAAUGGCAAAAGUAUUUGGCCAGUCAUGACAAAUGAAGCCUUCAUCACAAUGGUGACUUUUGCAUGUUUAACUCUUGUAAUAAUUGCAAUACUUAUCAUUGUUAAUGCAUUUUCAUCUAGAAAACCUUCUAUUGAAUAUAGUUCAAAUGGUUCAAAAACUUCUAUAUAUAAUAGCAAUAAGAGUUACAUUUGGUAUGUUUGACAUUCAUUUAUAUUGAA